GGGAAAGAGGUAAUGGGUUGGCUGCUGAGAGGCUUUUGCUCCGCACUGGCACAGGAAAGGGCAGGAAACCCACAGGGUGUGAAGAACCGAGCCGGGGGCUGCGGGGUGCAAGCAGACCCUGGGACCAUGUCCAAGCUGGUGGAGUGCGUCCCCAACUUCUCAGAGGGGAAUAACAAAGAGGUUAUUGAUGCUGUGGCACAGGCCAUCUCUCAGACACCGGGGUGUGUGCUGCUGGACGUGGAUGCCGGUGCCUCCACCAACCGCACUGUCUACACCUUCGUGGGAUCCCCYGAGGCUGUGGUGGAAGGGGCACUGAGUGCGGCCCGCGUGGCUGGGCAGCUCAUUGACAUGAGCCGACACGCAGGUGAGCACCCUCGGAUGGGAGCCCUCGACGUCUGCCCCUUCGUGCCAGUAAGGAACGUCAGCAUGGAGGAGUGUGUCACCUGUGCCCACAUCUUUGGGCAGCGCUUGGCAGCAGAGCUGGGGGUGCCUGUUUACCUGUAYGGAGCGGCGGCACGGGAUGAGAGCAGGAAAGCCCUGCCCUCCAUCCGUGCUGGGGAGUAYGAGGCGCUCCCUGAGAAGCUUGCAAAACCAGAGUGGGCUCCUGAUUUUGGGCCCCCRACAUUUGUUCCCCGGUGGGGGGCCACAGUGACGGGUGCCCGGACCUUCCUCAUCGCRUACAACAUCAACCUGCUGUGCACCAAGGAGUUGGCUCACCGCAUCGCCCUCAACAUCCGCGAGCAGGGCCGCGGCCCCGAUCAGCCCGGGCGCUUGAAGAAGGUGCAGGGCAUCGGGUGGUAUUUGGAGGAGGAGAACAUGGCUCAGGUUUCGACGAACCUGCUGGACUUUGAGACCACGCCGCUCCACGCUGUCUACGAGGAGAUCUGCCGAGAUGCACARGAAUUGAAUCUUCCUGUGGUGGGUUCCCAGCUGGUGGGGCUUGUUCCCAAGAAGGCCAUGCUGGAUGCAGCCGAAUUUUACAUCAAGAAGGAAAAACUCUUCAUCUUGGAGGAGGAACAGAAGAUCAGGCUGGUGGUYAACCGGCUGGGCCUGGACUCCCUGUCUCCGUUUCACCCCCGGGAGCGGAUCAUCGAGUACCUGAUGGAGGCAGGAGAGGUGGACGGGGGGCUGGUGGCCAAGCCACUGCGCGCCUUUGUGCGAGCAGUCGGAGCAAGGUCGGCAGCACCAGGAGGAGGCUCCGUGUCUGCAGCUGCGGGAGCCCUGGGAGCAGCGCUGGGCAGCAUGGUGGGGCUGAUGAGCUACGGGAAGCGGCAGUUUGAGGACCUGGACCCCAUCAUGAGGAAGCUGAUCCCCCCCUUCCACCAGGCCAUGGAUGAACUGGUGGCSAUGGUGGAUGCUGACUCCUGCGCCUUCAACAGCUACAUGGAAGCCAUGAAGCUGCCCAAGAACACCCCUGAAGAGCGGGAGAGGCGCACGGCUGCCAUGCAGCAGGGGCUGAAGACAGCCGUGGGGGUGCCCUAUGGGCUGGCAGAGAAGGUGACUGGCCUCUGGCCUGCUCUGAAGGAGCUGGCACGACACUGCAACCUGGCCUGCAAAUCUGACAUCCAGGUGGGAGCCAAAAUGCUGGAAGCGGCCGUGUUCGGAGCUUACUUCAACGUGAUGAUCAACCUCAAGGACAUCGCGGACGACAAGUUCAGGCGUGAGAUGGCACAGAAGGUCUCCGGGCUGCUGGAAGAGGCGAAGCAAGGCUCGGCGGUCGUGCUGGCGCUGCUGGACAAGCGGAUGGCCUGAAAAGGGCUCGGGAACGUUAUGGGGGGUUCUGCAGUGKCAAAUAGAGCUGGCAAAGACAUCUGUCCCCGCCUGGGCUCUGUUGGUGUCCUCCUCUGGAGAGCUGCUCUGCUCGGGCACGUCCGACAUCGUGUCCCCUAAUGGCCUCUCCCUGGACAAGGGGAAUUUUUGCUGUCUGGGGCUGKGACUCCAGGCUCCGUUCCCCCAUCCCUGGGGCAGAAGCAGAUGACUGGGUUGGCAGUGCCUGGGAUCACAGUGASCCAAACAGAAGGGAUAGUCGGGACCCUGUGGCACUGCCUGCGAGGAAAUCCCUGUGCAUGUGCACCUCCUGACCCUGCACAGUCCUGUGUAWUUCUGUGUCCAGAAAACCCCAUGAAACACCCUCCUACUCAGGAUCUGGGGGAAGACCUGGCACAAUCCCUUUCUGCCAGGUGUCUUCCAGGCUGUGUGUGACAAUUCCAGCCUGUUGCAUUGCCUGGGAAGGGAGCACUGCCAAACAUGAGGCACUAUCAGAUGUUAGUGGGAAGAUGGGGUGGAUUGGGAUGGGAGAAACCCAGCAUCCUCCUCAUAGAKCCUCCAAGAGGAAGACGUGAAAAUCGGGGCAUCCAGCCCUGCUUUCUGUCCCUGUCGAGCGGGUGUGGCAGCAGAUAUUGUGUUCUCCACCCACACACGGGGACAGCGCGCUGAGCAGUGUCCGGACCCUGCACCCCAGUGUCCCGCAGCCCCAUCUGCGGGAAGGUCACCCCUGCUCCUGGGCACUGUGCCCGGGCUGGGAGCAGCACGCCAGGGUUCGUGGCGGGGUCAGCUGACUCACUGCAUCCAUCCCUGGGCGCUGGGAGCCGCAAUCACCGCCCUCCAUCUCCUGUUUGUCAGCCCCGCGGGACCUUUGUGCCGCCGGGGAGCGCCGUGUUGACGUUCCUCGUGUGCCCAUGGUGACGGCGCGGUGUCACCGCUCCGGUGUCACCCCUGCCCGCCGCACCCUGCUCACCGGGGCAGGGCCCCGGUAUUUAACGGGCGCCCGGCAGCCGGGAGAGCCGUGCCAAGGACGGUGAUCCCGAGCGCUGCCGGCAUCGCCUCCUCCGGGAACUUUUCCGCAGGUUUGGUGAGUGCGGGGCAGCGGGGGAGCAUGAGGGCAGCAGGCACCCGUGCGUCAGGGUGUGCUGUCCCCAGGGCUGGCACUGYACCCAGAAACGUGUCCCCAGUCCCUUGUGGUCCAUGAGGACACGAGCUGGGCACSCAGGCUGGGCCAGUGUGGGUUUGUUAUUUCCACUGUCAAUGGAUACCACACGUCUGGGCUUUGGGGGGUGCAUGGAGGGGGACACAGUCGCAAUGGGGGUUGGCUCUGUCACCAAAGGACAGGACGGCUGUUGGGGUCUGUGUGGGUGUGGAACUCAUGGGGAAGCAAGUGCUGUGCUGGGGUCAGACAUGUGGGAUAGAGAAGCCAGGUCCCAGAUGCCCGACAGGGGCCAGGUGAUGUCCCACAGCAGGAGGUGACUGACRGUGCUUGUCCUUCCCUUUCAGCUCAGAGACCACUGAGGAUGUGUGACCCCAACCAAGGCCCACCACGACCGUACCUGGCAGUGUGCCCUCCUGCCCCUCCAGGAUACCCCGGUCCUGGCACGGGUCACUACCCUGGUGGCCUUGCAGUGUGCCCUCCUGCCCCUCCRGGAUACCCCGGUCCUGGUACAGGCCCCUGCCCUGGCGGUGUUGCAGUCUGCCCCCCGUGCCCUGCUCCGCCUGGCCAGCACCCCCACGGGCACCCCCACGGGCACCAUCCCCACGGGCACCCCCCRUCGGGGCAUCAUCCCCAUGGGCACCCCCACCCGGGACCGCCAGGAAUGCAGGUGUGUCCCCAGGAYGGCCACAAGAAGCACCACAAGAAGCACCAUAAGAAGCACCAUGAGAAGCACUGCAAGAGCCACGGAGGCAAGCACUCCGGUGGCUCAUGCAGCUCAAGCAGCAGCAGCUCUGACUCUGACUGAACAUCUGGCAUGUCCCACCCGCACCGUGGUGAUCAGCAAAGCAUGAGGCCCAGCUCCUCAUGGGACCCCUCUGCAAGUUGCUUCCCUUCCUCCCCAUUUCCCUUGGAUUGAUUUGCCUUGUAAAUCCUUUGACCUGGAAUCUCUGAGUCAAUGGACAGCAUUUCCACCCUCUGUCUUUCGGGGAAGUCUGCUGAAAGUCAUCAUGUGCCUUUUCCAAUC